AGAGAGGGAACGUAGCCCCAAUGAUUGGCUCUCGCGCAUCGGGAGAGAGAAACUCCCCCACCAGUAUUCCUUCGCGCUGUAUAAAGAAAAAUAAUUCGCACUUCUUUCUCUCUUAUUCCCAAGCCUGUCGUAGAGUACAGACGUCUUUUCAGUCCAAAAAAAUGAUCACUUACUAUUUGAUUUAAAUGAAAAUUCACAUACAUAGAAAAUACACUCGUACGUUAUUAAAUACAAAUGUUUAUUAAUAUUUUUUUUUCCACUAAAUUGUAAAUCUCUUUCUAUUUCAGAAUGGAAAAGAAGUUGAAUGACAUUUUUGGUUUUCUAGUCUUUUCCCAAUUUUUUGUGUCAAUUUUAAAUUUAUGCAGCACCGGUAUUUAUUUGACGAAAGUAAGUCCAAAGAAUGGAGAUUUCUGGUUGUCAUUGAUAAUAAUCAGCAAUUUCACAUGUCAUAUUUUUGUUUAUUGCUUGUUUGGAGAGGAAAUGACAAAGAAGAGUUUGUCAAUUACAAAUGAAAUUUAUCAAAUGGAUUGGAAUCUACUAUCGAUACAAACAAAACAAAUAUUAAUAAUAAUAAUGAUGAGAGCCAAUCGUCCCAUUAAACUCACUGGCGUUUCUAUUGUUGUCCUGUCUAUAGAAACAUUUUUUAAGGUAAUUAAAGCAUCCUACUCAUUUUUCAACGUACUGAGACAAUCAAAUUAAAAAGUACACAGCAUAUCGACUCAAAAGGUUCAAUCGAAAAUUAGAAAAUAGGUCACAGUAUCCUUACGAUUACUGAAGUAAUAUUCAGUAAAAAAUAAUUAUCGUAAUAAACAAUUAAAUUUGUGAAC